AACGAAGUCAAGGGACCACGCUGCUCAUGCCGUACGUCUGCCUCCAUGCAUUGCGACGAAGAACCUCAAAGAACCUGCUGACGUGCAACAGGUGCUCGUCCUGCAGGAGAAUGCACUUGUGAGCGUGCUGCAACUGAGAACGUAACACCAAGCGGCUCGCUUUGCUCCUGUGGUGCUCGCCCGGCCGAUGCAUGCACCUGCGAGAAAGCCUCUGAUGGCGGACUCCUGCCAACCGAGACCGACUUCACCACCAGGGCAUAAAUUCCUCAUCCAUUCUACAAACAUCGAUUGCAUGCAUAAAGUAUGGAGUUAUGGGAGGCGUUAUGGCUGGCGUUAAAGAUUCCGUUGGCUGCGUUUUCCGGGAAAGGUUAUUGCGUUGCUAGAUACUUUGGCUGCUAUGCUUUGGAACGAUGUGGCCUCUUACGUUGGCCUCUGUCUCUGGGUCCGGGAUUACAUAGUGCACAAUUGGCAAUGGAUUGGUUCUCGCAUCUUUUGGGCUUACGGCUGGUGAUCCCUCUUACGCUUACAUUGGCGGACUCAAUACUGGACUCUGUCAAUUCACUUGCUCUUCCACACUUGGCUGCCUGCUCAUUAUGGUCAUCAUUGGAGAGAUCGAGAACACGGACACUGACGAGGCGACAGAUGAGGAGUCUGAAGCAAAGGAAACACCAAAGAAAGUCUAUAGGAGACCGCGUGUCAGGUCUUUAGAGUCCAUAAUGGCUUAGUUGAUUCUGUUUCUAUUUUGCGCUAGGGAAGCGGAUUCUAUGAGAUCAGAAGAGAACCAAUCAAACAGCCGUUGACCAAUAGAGAAAUUCCCUUAAGAAUUCC